UUAUAUAUAUUCUGUAUAUUUUUACAACAACGUAUCUGAAAAUAAUGUAUGGAACUGUGUUUUAAUUGCUUAAAUAUACACGAGUUAAGUUCUAUAAAUUUUUUAAAUGUUAAUGCUGGAAUCCAGUUAAAUUAUUUUUUUAUAAUAAAGUGUAACAAAAAAUUAAAAUUAAUCGAUACGUUGAGGUAUGAAACUUUCGUGCAGUUUCCAGCAUUUCUUGUAUUAGAGUAGAGCUGUCUGUGCAGUGAGUUCGGUGCAUUUUUGGUUCGUUUUAGAAAUGCUUAAAAAUUGUUCGCAAAAGUGGCGUUUGUAAGCGAUAACUUAAGUUUUGAGCGUUAUUUUCUUCAGAAAAUGCAACAAGUGGAUACAGAUCCACCAUCCCUACCGGUUGGUACGGAGGUAAGUGCCAAAUACAAAGGAGCCUUUUGCGAAGCUAAAGUUAGCAAAGUGGUUCGUAAUAUAAAAGUAAAAGUGGCUUAUAAGCAAGGACUAGGAUCAGGAACUGUGUCAGACGACUUGAUAAAAGUUGCGCCUGGGCAUUUGCGCGUUGGUGCUACUGUUGAAGUUCGUCAUCCCGAUCGUAAAGAAUUGGUAGAGUGCACAGUAACUAAAAUUCAAGAUUGCUCGCAAUAUACUGUCGUUUUUGAUGAUGGGGACAUAACAACAUUACGUCGCACGGCUUUAUGCCUCAAAAGUGGCCGUCAUUUUAAUGAAAGUGAAACCUUGGACCAGCUACCAUUAACUCAUCCGGAGCAUUUUGGAAAUCCUGUUGUAGGAGGUCGUCGAGGGCGCAGACGUGGACCUAUGAACGAUGAUAGUUCCGAUGAAGAAGAUGAAAGUGAUGCGAAAGAAAUUGUUAACGAAAAGGAAGAACAUAUAGGAAAUGUUGUAUGUGUGGAAAUGGAAACAAAGAAGAAGGAUAAAGAGAAAUGGUUUCCAGGGCUUAUAUUAGCUCCUACAGCACAGGCAAAUGUGCGAAUCCGGGUGAAAGAUGAAUAUCUGGUAAGGUCAUUUAAAGAUGGUCGAUAUUAUACGGUACCAAAGAAAGAAACAACUGAAUUUACUCGUGAAGCGGCAGCUAAACAAGACGGUCAAGCAGUACAAGCGGCACUUCAAUAUUUAGACAGUGGAGCACUGCCUCCACAUUGGGAUCGCGAAUCUUUGUUUGGACUUAAUAAUUCAUCUAGUGAAGGAGAUGGUGAACUGGAAUCCGACUCGUCAGAUGAUGAACCACGAGAAGAAAAGGAUCGUUUUGUGGCCCAAUUGUAUAAAUAUAUGGAUGAUCGUGGAACACCUUUAAAUAAAGUACCAUCAAUUCAAAACCGUGAUGUUGAUUUAUAUCGUCUAUUUCGAGCAGUACAGAAAUGUGGAGGUUACAACCGCGUUACUGCAAAAAAUCAGUGGAAAUCAAUAGCAGUACGAUUAGGUUUCACAUCAGUAACAAUUAGUGUAACAAAUCUGGUUAAACAAGCGUAUAAAAAAUUUCUUCAACCCUAUGGUGAAUUUCAUCGUAAACUUGGAUGUUCAAUGCUAAUGACGCCUCGAAAUUCUAGUCGAAGUAAAGGUCGUAGUUUAGUUCGAGCUAACUCCGUUGCUUCUCCAAAACCAAUUGACACUACUAAAGAUUCAUUGAACAAAUCUGCAAAUAAUACUAUAACAGCAUCAUCAUCUUCAUCAUCGUCAUCCGCCUCCAGCAGCCAAAAUAUUGCUGCAUCGUCAGUUGUUGCAAUAACACCUGCCAAUAUAAUCACGGCAACACCUACUGUAACGGAGGAAUCUGAAAAUACAAGCGAAUCCAGUGUAGAUAAUGCCAAGAAUAAAAAAAAAACUGUAGUGGGUAAAGUUAAAGGUCUUGUUGAAAAGUAUGAAGAGAAAUCGAAGGAUGAUUGCGAUGUGCCGCUUUCAAAAAUCAAAACGUCGCAAGAUACACCGCGAUGUGAGGACAAAGAUAAAGCAGCAUGUCUAAAGGAUGUUCCUGCUACUCCAACUUUACAAAUAAGAGAUUCUUCUCCUCCAGGUACGAGUAGUGGAAGUAAAAAAGAUAGAAUUCAAAAAAAGCAAACUCCUCAAAGUGACGAUAAGCGAAACAAGCGAAAGAAAGAUGAUACUAUUGAAAAAGUAGAUACCGGCGAUUUUAUUGUUGAAGUGGGAGACAAGCUUAAAGUUUAUUACCAUGAGAAGAAGGUGACUUAUGAAGCAAAAGUUAUCGAAAUAUCUGUACAACGGGGUUCGCCGAUGUAUCUAGUUCAUUACACCGGUUGGAAUAAUCGUUAUGAUGAAUGGGUACCAAGAGAACGCAUUGCUGAAAACAUAACAAAAGGCUCAAAGCAAAAAGGCCGUAUGUCAAAUGCAAGUGCAAUGGAAAAGCAAAAGGAAAAUCCUUCAAAACCACCUUCUGUUUCAUUAAUGAAUUCUUCAGGUCCUCCGAAUUCGAUGAUAAAUAUAUUGGGUAACACACCAAUAUCCACAAAGCUGUCCGCAUCAAAACGAGGGCGUGGCCGAAGUGAUUCUCUCCCGCCGCGUUCCACUACACCCUCCUCAGUAGCAUCUAACUCCAGUCGAACAAAGUCACCCGCUACGUCUGGUGUAAAGAGAAGACCAAUUCGCUCAAUGGUUAAUUCUACGCGGCGGACAUCUGCAAACAUUUCUGAUGUUUCUUUGCAAAGUGAUUCUGAUACUGACUCCGAUGAACCCGUCCGACGACCAACGCGUGGUAGCAAAGACAUUGAGUAUAAGUCAGGACUAUUAAGUAAAGUAUCAAACAAGAAUAUCAACUCAGAUUCAGAUGUUGACGAUGAUGAAGAUGAUACUUCGAUUAUUAUAGGAACUAAUAAUAACUCCCCUAAGAGUCGUAAUUUUGAUCUUAAUCAAAUUCGAUCAGAACUAAGUGAUUUGAAAUCGCCUUCGCCCCCAUAUAUGCGAGACGAUGAAUUGGUGGCAAAAGUGGAACAGCCGAUUAAAGAUGAGAGCGUAAUAGAUGUUAAAGAUAUUUGUUCAUCCAAAAACCAAACAAUGGUUGAGUCAAGUACAGAGGUGAGCAUUAUUAAACAAGAAGCGAAACAAAACCAAAAAGAUGAUAAUGUCAAAUCGUCUACGGAUAUGUCUUCAGAGACGGAUUCUUUUUGUGAUGACGACUCGCAGUCUUCAGGAAAAACCACCACUCUCGAAAAUAUGACGAAAAGGUUUCAGCAAAAAAUUAAAGCAGGUAAACAACAAGCUUUAGAAAAACUUACUUGUGGAAAUCCUACAGUGGAACGGGUUCCAAAAGUUGUAGAAAAAAUAAUACAAGAUUCACUAGCAGAAAAACUUCAAGAGAGUCUUAAAACUAAACCGGAUAUAAAAAAAGAGGAAGGUUUAAAAACCGAUAUUAGCGACGCUGCGAUAUGUAAAGUGGAGACUGAUAACAAAGAAGAUAGUAAACAAAAAAUAGUACAAACUGAGUUGAUUCAAAGGAGUAUUUCAGUUACCCAGCCCAGAUUUGAAAGCACCAUGAGUAGUACCAAGUAUUCAUCCCUUAUUGUAGAGAAGCAAAUAUGCUCUGUAAAGAAAUCAGAACCUGGUUGUAGCAAAAAGACGGAUGCCACCAGAAAAAGUGUCCCUGAUAAUAUAGAAAGCCAAUUAAAAAAGAGUAUAGAAUCUGUUGGGAAAGAGUUAAAUAAGAGUGAACCGUCUGCAGCUUGCUCUCCAUCCUCAUCAUCCUCAUCGUCAACGGCAUCAAUAUCUUCAUCCUCGCGUUCAUUACCAGAUAUGAGCAAGUUGGAUAUUAGUGGAGGGUCUUCAACAUCUUCACUUUAUGUGAUUUCUAAUAAAGACUCAAAAUCAGUAUCUGUUGCUCCGAAAGCGACAUCACCAGACAUUUAUGAGUUCAAAGAUCCAGAACCAUUUGAAUUUGAAAUACGAAAGUUACAAACUACUAGCACAAAUGUUUCCUCAUUGACCCCGGGUAUUACAAGUGUGUGUAACUUAUCUGGAGUUCCUCGAAAAACCCAAAAAAGCGUAAUUUCGCAUGUUUUGGUUAACGAAAAGCAACAACCACCUCAAAAUCCAUUAACCGUUUUAGUAAAUCGCAAGAAAAAAGGCUCGCCAAUGAAGGAAGCUGUUGUAGAUAAAUCGAAGUUACUUAAAACUGAUGGAAAAUUAACUAUUAUUUCAGAGGGAAAAAUCAAUAAAAUUGCCUCCACAAUUCCAGCCGUAACAAAAGGUACAUUGGAUAGUCAAUCGAAUAUGAUGGCUCUAAAUCCAUUACCCUCAAAUCAGAGUUUUUGUAGUAAAUCGACUACUCAGAAAACUGAAAUGCAGAUUAAUACAUCAUUUGAUACAUUAAGAACAUCACCAAAUUUUAAUGUAAACAUUAACGCAUUAAAUGAGGAGUUAGCGCAAACAGUACAGGAAACAACCAGAGCACUUACUGACGCUUUUCAAAAGCCAAAAACGACUUCUUUACAGGAGGUCACUGGUACACCUCCAAAACUGAUUUCGCCAAAACAAAAUGAUAUAGAAAAUUUGAUGUCCUCAUCUAAGGAUCAGGAAGAAAACGUUUCAAAAUUAGUUAGUCCUUUAGCAAAGGCAGCCAUUAAGACAGUUAUUGGCAGUCCAUUUAUAGAAACUCGAAAAGAUCUGAGCAAUGUUUUUGAGUUAAGUACAAGCGAAGGAUUUACAUCAUUAAUCGAAUCAAAAGAUAAUAAGUUUGAAUUCGAAAAUGCUAAGAAAAUGCUUUCUGCAACAACAGACGCAUUUGAUUUAGAGCCUGCUAAAUACGAGAAUAGACCGACAUCCAUUGCAGACAAACUUUUAAAAGCAAUAAGUCAAAAAAAGGAGGAGGACAAAUAUAAGAUUGAAACUAAAAAUGAAACAGGAGAAGACGGUGGUUCUUUGAAGGAUGAUGUUCCGAAUGUAACAAAUUCAACAGGGGUGAUACUUAGAACUGAUGGUACUUCAACUGAACCAUUAAAUAUUAAUACAGAUUUAGCCGGGUCUACCAUGAGCUUUGGAAGUAAUAUGAGUUUGGAAAAACUACCUAUUAUAUCUAGCUCAAUAAAUAAACCCAUUUCCAUUACGAGUCCUGAACUGAAAUUGGGAAUAUUAGAGUCAAUUACAAUAAAAAACAAUGAUUUAACUGAAACGAUACAGAAACUUGAAUGUGCUAUUCAAAGGAAAACUCCAGUCAGUGGGCUCUCUGUUACAACUACACCAAACACAUUUUCAGAAGAUUCAAUGGAUAGUACUGAUUCGGAACGACGACUUGUUAUAGAGGACGUUGCCGAAGACAUAUGUGAUAUUCUCAAAAGUCCCAACGAUUCACAGCAAAUUGGGGAUACAAAAACCAGUAUAUUGUCGCAUAAAAUAGAUGUUGCUGUCACUAAAGUAAUAUCGAGUAGCAUUUCACCACAUACGAAAUCUGAGCCUCAAAUUCCUCUGCAAAGUGUAAAUGUAAGUCGACUGCAAUCUCUUAGCGAAUCAAUAUCGUUCCCAACCAUAUCACCCCCUAUAGUUGUGGCUUCAGCCAACAGAUUACCGAUUCAGCAAACCGUCUUGCAAGUUGUGGCUCAUACGACAAUCGAACAAAAAGGAUUGCAACUUGGAAAUCAGGAAACACAAAAAGAAGACAGGCGAAGACAAGAGAAUAAAUUGCCUUUGGAUAUUGGAAACAGUGCACAUACAAGGAGCAAUGAAAAUAUUAGUUCAAAAGAUAGUUUUAGCGUUAAGUCAUUUGAAACUGCUGCCCCGAUGAGAGAUAAAUCACCUCUAAUGGAAAGUGCAGAACUUCAUGUCCAAAGACAAUCUGACGUUGUACCUAUUUUGGUUCCCGAUAUUCCAGUUUCGGUUGUUGUAGCUUCUGGUGCGGUGCCCUCAGUAAAAGCAGCAGCACACGCAGCAGCUGCAGCUGCAACUCAAAGUCCCACUUCAACAACACAACCAAUUAUACAUUUGGAUCAUAAAAACACUCCAUCUAAAACACUUUUACCUUCAAAUUUGAUCGCGUCUUCCAAAGAAACUUUGGUUAUCGAUAAAAAUCCGGAGAAUAAGGUUAAGAUCAGUCAAAAUGCGGGUUUAUAUAUUGACGCUUCAAGUGAUUCUAAAAGUAUCCCGCUAUCAACAGUAACCUGCUCAUCAGUAUCGAGUAUUUCGGCUAAUUCGGGAUUUUAUUUGGAUGCGCGUACAGAGCUUCGGCCUGAGGACGGAGUAAAACCAAUUCACGACAUUCAACAUACAAACACAGAGAUUGAAUGUUUUAACAGUAAAAAAGUUGAUGGUAGUUUAUGCGCUGAUGAAUUAGCUUCUAAUUUUGGUGUUGAUACCAAUAAUGAUUCAAUAAACCUUCUUUGCGAGGAGACAAUUCCUGGCAGUCCACCACCUGCUUUUGGAGGGAAAGAGGAGCCUUCGGGAACGCAAUUAGCCUCAGAGAGCACUUUACUGUUGGAUAGCAACAUUAAAGUCUUAGGUAUCACGGAGCCAAGAGCUUUGCUUGCUAAUAUGAAUAAUUCGCCAAAUGAUUCAGCAAGCCAUGAUGACAGCAGUGAGGACGUGAAAAAACAUGUUGAUAUAGAAAACGAUAUAUCUCCACGAAAACGUCGGCGUCCCAGAAAGCAGUCGGAAAUGAUUAUCAUAUCGGAACAACAUACUAAACGACGAAGACAAAUGACAUGUAUAAAGAAAAUUCCAGGAACUUUCUUAUUUACAACAGGUUCCGAUAGCGACGAAAACUCUGAUGGUACAUCCCAACGCAUUCUUGAAUCCCGACAUCAGUUUCAACAACAACUACAACAGUCACAUACAUCUGUUGGAAUUCGGUCUUGUCCCUAUAAUUUCUUGGUGCAAUUAGAUCCGAAUCUGGGUUCUGACCAGUGCAUAGCAAUUUUAUUAAAACAGAUUCAGGAAUUGCGGAAAACCUAUAACGCAAUCAAAAUCGACCUAGCGAGUAUUGAUCGAAGGCGUAAAAAACUACGGCGACGCGAGAGGGAGAAAAAGCAACAAGUGCAAAAUCAACAAGUUAAAACUUCUUAAUUAUGCUUUACAUAAAUAAUAAAAAUACAAAAUGUAAAGAAUUCUACAAUUAAAUUAGAAUAUACAUAUGUAUGUAUAUGUAUAUUUAGUGUUUAGUUUUUUUUUUUGUAUAAAACUAAACCUUUUAAUUCUAUUAUGCAGAAAUAA